AGACACUUUGGUAAAUUAUUUAAAAUUUUAUAGAGUAUCAGAAGUUGUAGAUACGGAUAAGGGUGUUUAUUUUAAUUUAAAAUUUCACAGACUAAAUUUGUUUGGUUGUCUUAACUCAGUUAAUUUAAUGUACUUUUCAUUUCAAUAUAGCAGAGCAAAGGAGGGAAAUCGGUUCAACCUGAACACUAAAUUGACAUUAUAAUUACUGCUAUAAAAAUGUCAAGUGAAUCGAUAGGAGAAUCAUUAUGUGAUGGACAACAUGAAUUUCCAGAAACAGCAGCUGUCAUAUGUCUCGUUCAUAAGGAUUUCCUUUGUUUGCAAUGUUUAAUUAGUGGGGAAAAGAAACCAGAAUGUGUUGUGAAACAAUUAGACAAACUGUCACCGAGUGAGAAUCGCUUGUUUGAAGUAUUGAAAGUAAAGAAACGUCUUGCUGAGCGGAAAGACCUUAUUCAGAGCUAUACAAAAACUGUAAGUGAAAAGAGAGAUGAGUUGAAAACCCAAGUUAAAGAUCACGCUGAGGAAUUGGUGCAAAAAGUGAGGAAAAAUGAAGAAAUUACUUUGAAAGAUAUUGAGACUCAAGCGAAGACCCUAUUUGAUAAUGAGGAUGAUCAAAUGAAACAAAUUCAAAAACUUGAAAGUGAAAUAUCAGUAAAAACCAAAGAUGCUGAUAAUAUAACACAAAAAGAAGUUAACCAUUUGCACAAAAUGUUAGAAAAUGUUGCAGUUAUGAAUGAUAAAACAGUUGUAGGUAAUUACAUCAAGAAAAUGGCAUUGACUGGAAUCUCGAAUGGAUUAGGCACUGUGCAUAUUCAUGAAAACCUUGACUACGAUGAAGUGCAAGACAAUGCUGAGGAAAGGAUAGACAAAAAUGGAAAAGAACAAUCGUCACAAAUACCUGUUUGCCAUGAUGUCAAAAGCACUGACCAGCCUCCCGAAGCUGGACCUAAACCUCCUAUUCGGCCUAGCGAAACUCACCAACAAAACACGGCAUCUGAAGAAGCAGAAGGUAAAUCUGAAAAGGAAGAUACUGCUGAAAAUUCUAAAGCAGGGCCGCCUCUUCCAGAUAGAAAUAAACCUAAGAAAUCAGGAAAAGGCUUUCUAGGCAUUUUCAGGGAAGGCAGUGAAAAGAAGAGCGAUUCUUCUAAAGGAAAAGGUUCUUCAGAGACCCAAGAAACGCCUUACUUAAAAUUAGAAUUUCUUCCAUUUCACGAAUUGCCUGAGUUGAAAGGUAAACAGAUACAUGUCAAUGAGAGUUCUACAAAACAGAAACGGUCCAAAACAUCGAUAACUAACAUUUUAGUAACGGAUCAAAAUGCGCUGAUUUUGUUUGAUGAAAUCAAUCACAGGUUUAUUGUUUCCAACUUUUCUGGAGAAAUCGCGAUAACACAUAAACUACCAAUAGACCCGAUCAAGAUAACAGCGUUCGAAGAGAACUCGUUUGCGAUAUUGAACUGUAAACAAUUAAAGAUGGAAAAAUUCCGUAUUCAGAACAAAGAGCUUAAAAUAUCAGAUAUGAAGACGUCUUUGUGUGUGCAAAAGUCAUUCCACGUACUCGGGUUUGAAUAUGAAAAAAUAAAAAAGCAAUUUGCAUUGAGCGGGAUUGAAGAAGGAAAAGGUACGGUUCAUCUCAUAAAUGCAUCUACUGGUGAAGUUUCCGAUGUUUCCCGUGAGUUCCGAGUGUCAUCUACAGGAAGGAAGUGCAACCCUAAUGAUUUUAAAACACUGUACGACUUUGAAAAAGAUGGUGUUUACAUACUAAACACAUCUAGCAACACCAUGAAACGCUUCUCGUUUGUGAAGAAAGAUUUUGACUGGAAAAUCCAGUGCAAAGAUGCCAGUUUUGCACCUGGUCAAGUUGUAUUUGACGAACAAAACCUGUACAUUACAUCCAAAAAUAACAUUACACUCUUUUCAAAGGAGUCUGGAGAAACCAAGACGACACGAACUGCACGCGUUGGCAAUUUGAAGGCAAUCUGCUUGAUGAUUGAUCAACGCACAGCAAUAGUGUCGUGCGAUUCUUCUGACUCACGGAAGUCAAUGACACUUGAAUAUAUCGCCUUGUAAGACUGGUGCGAACUAUAAAAACGGUGUACAUAAAUCGACAAAAGUCUUAUAUAAAUCGGACAAAAAUUUAACAAUAUGCUUAUUCAUCUAUUAUGUACCAAAGAGGAUUUUACUAAAUUAAGUUAGUCUGGUGUGUCAUUGUGUUUAUUGUACAAAGUUUCUUGUUAACAAGAAUGAAAACAAAUGUUAUGCUAUGUAGUGUCAAUUUCUUGUAUUAUGUUUUAAUUGAUGGGACUUCUUUUGUAUCACAUUGGUUUAGUUUUUCAAAUCCAAGUUUUAUGUAAAUGUAUCAUUUGAGGGAUAUAAUAUUUGCUUUAGAUACGAAUAUGAAUGCAUAAACGGAUUUGCAUAUGUGCAAGUUGUAAUGAAAAUGUUAUACUGAUUAAGACGAAUAUGCAUAAAAAGAUCUGCAGAUGUUGCGAAUGAGCUUGUGAGAGACUGUAAACUGUUUUGACUCUUUUGUCUAUUAUUAUUUACUGUGUGUGGAUUUGAUUCCAGAGUUGUUUGAUAUACAUGGCCAUAAUAUUAUAUUUAUUCAAGAAUGCAUAUUAAACUUCAAUUGCC